UCAAUUCUGCAAGUGGUUCUAAUUUACUAUCGCUGUUCUCUAGCCGGUCUAAAACCGAUUUUGACCAAAGGGAUGCUCUUUGGAAGGAAUGGACGUUUCUCAUUUUCCAGGCGGAAAGAAGAGUAAAAAUGCAGGCAGGGCACAGGACAAAGCACUAGGGACAAAAUGUAUGUGAAAUGCUUUGAUACAUGAAUGUCAGUUUUUAAAAUUUUCAAAUUUCCUGCCGGUUCUGGCCCCCAUACAUCCCGACGUUUGCAGGGACCGGAACACGGAAGAUGGAUGCCGGCAUCGGCCGGAGGAGAUGGCCAGGGACGCUGCAGGGGACAC